AUGAUCUUGCAAUUUCCACCAUGGAGACACGACUCCGAACUGGCCAUGGUCCGAGACUGGUUUUUCCCCAAGCAUGCGAAACAAGACGCAUUUUCAGGCCCACCGUCGGACAUGCGCCAACGAGCUAUUGAUAAGGUCAACCUCUGGCUCUUCAAGGCCGGCCAACUCCCACCCGCGCUCCUGGCGACCGCGAGUCUGACCGAAGCAUUACUUCACGAUGAACCAGAGAGGCAAUCACGAGGCAUAUCUGAGUCGGCCAUGCAAAGCAUUUAUGCAAUGGCCUUUGCUAGGUUUGUCAAUGGCUUUGUCGACCGGGAUGCUGUCCGUGCACAUGCGGCGGAAUUGGCUCCAGAUGAUAUCGAAGAGGAGGAUGUGACCACGUCAACAUCCAGGGGAGAAAGCUCAAUGUAUGCUCAUGCCGCUACCAUCGGUAUGCCUCAGAAAUUUGUGGAUCUACGGCAUCAGGUCACACAUGGUGACAUUCCUAAUCUGAUGCACUUGAAGGCAAUGACUUUGCAAGCGCUGGAGUGGUUGUGGGAGCGAUGGUGGGUGAAAAAUGCCACGGGCGAUCCAGGGCCCGCCAUCAGGGAGCUGGAAGGACGCAAACGAAUUGCACAAGAGGCAAGAGACGCUAGAAAUCCCAUCGAUAUGCAUCCUCAAGAUACAGGUGACUUGCUACAGAUUCGUAGUGAAAACCUCGUUAGUGAGUCCUUCCUGCUUUAA